AUGGAUUCAAGAACAGCUUCCGAGCGCACUUUCUCGCUCUCCCAGCUCCCCAUUGGCUUCGACAACCCACACAAAGCUGCCCAGGACGGCUCACGGCGCACCUCGUCAGCAUCCACUGCGUCUUCAAUGCCUAGGACCCCCUCUUCGAUAGCCUGGGACCGCUUCGAUGUCUUCUCGCCGGUCGCAGAACCGCAGGCGUUUGAAGCGUCCGAAUACGGCUCAGAAACCUCUUCUCUCCUCACAAUCUCUCCAGAUACCCCGUUAAAACGGGAUAGUCUUCCCACCAUUAUUCAUGAUGGCCCGCAGAGAACUGGUUAUGCCAUGCGCGAGAAUCCGCGCCGGUCGCAGUCGAUAACGCUUUCCUCGAUGGAAACCCAACAGAACAGACUAUCUAGGGCUGCGACUAUGCACACAGUUCCAGGGGUACGUCCGUGGCCCAUGCCCCCACCAAGUUCCUCCACAGAUACAACGGCCCCCAGGCUUUCACCGCUACAGGAUCAAAACGAGGAAGAUGUAGAUGCGGGCGACCGCAGUCACGGUACGGAUAGCGACUCGCCAGGCGAGUCCGGAGACAGUGCAAAUCAUCUCCAACGGCGGCGACAUAUACGUCGACCUACCCGUGAAAAGAAAGACCUUCCAAGACCGCUCCCUCCCCUACCAGCAUCCAACCUCGCUCAUUCUCAGAGUACCGCCGGUCGGUUCAUGACCACACCGUUUGCAGUCUCUGCAGGAGAACAAGAGCCACCUCUUGGCGAUGCAAGGAGGCGGAGUCGCACACUCAAUUCGCUCUCUGGGAUUCGUUCCUUGCCUGUCCCAAAUGCCCAGACACAAUCCAAUCCCUCAUCUUCCAAGUCGAUACCGAAUAAAUCCGCAGGCAAGCUGGUUCCCGUCAUCCUUCCACUCAAACUUCACACGCUUGAACUGCGUUCAUCCCCGUCCGAGGCGGCGGGCGUCCUGACAAAGACUCCCAACCGACCAUCGAACAAUUGCGCUUUGGCGCGUUCCUUCAUGGCACCUCCAAUGCCGGCGGAUGCGGCGGCUGCAAUUGACUGGGAUCUAGUCGACGAUGCGCUCGGAAUUGACGACGACAUCGUGUCCUAG